AUGACAGCUCCUUACACUGCUGGUAAAGGACGAUCUCGUCUUCCGAUUAACAUAACAAUGGAGCAUCAUUAUCAAGUUGAUUUAUUUAUAGCCGCAACUGAUUCACAACUACAUGAAAUUAAUAAUAGAUUUAAUAAGCAGAUGGUUGAUCUUCUUUCGCUAAGUUCAACAUUGGAUCCUAAAGAUACAUAUAAGUCCUUUGAUGUUGAUAAGAUAUGUCUCCUUGUUAGCAAACAUUACCCUGAGGACUUCUCUACUCAAGAGAAAUGUCGACUUUCUUUCGAGUUGGAACAUUUUUACUUGGAUGUUCAGAGGAACCCAAAGCUACAAAAUGUGUCCACCUUAACACAACUCAUCAAGGUAUUGGCAAACACAAGAAAAGCUACUACUUCAUAUCCUCUUGUUGAUAGGUUGAUCCGUCGUAUUUUAACUAUCCCAGUCUCAACGACGACAUGUGAACGCGCAUUUUCAGUAAUGAGCAUUGUCAAAACUACUCUUUGGAAUCAAAUGAAGGAUGAUUUUCUUAGUGACAUUUUAGUAGCGUACAUUGAAAAGUGGAUUUAA